GAGGACCUAGGCAGGAAACAAAUUCCCAAGCACUUAUCGACAAUCUUGUCCCAAAAAAUGUCAUACACAUACGAAGGAAAAGAUACCUUACCUCAAUCGGUGGUCGGGUUCAAAAGCAGCGGCCGGAGUAGUAGCAGCGGCGGUCGGAAGAUGAUUGGGAGAGUGGGUCCUCCCCCUUUUUUUUUUAUAUUAAUAUUAUCCUAAGGUUAUUUGUGUAAAUUUUAAUAUUAAAAAAAAUAGAUAAAAACAAAAUAAAAGGAGGUCAUUCUGUUGCGAAGGUCAUCGAGCUUAAAAAAAUUCUUAUCUGUUCUUCACCUCUCACUCUCUCCCUCCUCUCCACCUGGGCAGCAGCAGAGGACGAUUCUCGGCGGCGGAAGAGGCAACUCCACUGCUGGGUGAGAUUUCUUUCAAUCUGAACUGGGUUUCCAAAUAUUUACUUCUUCUAGAUUUGGAACACUUUUCGCGGAAAAGAAGAUUAGAAUCUUCAAAUUCAUCAACAGUGAACAUAGAUAGUUAGAUUUUGUUUUGUUUGCGCUCUUGGUUCGUAAAGAAUCAUCUUUCAUGGACGAUAUAUUCGACUCCUCUCUAAAUUUAGAAGAAGCCCAUUUGAAAGAAGGCUUCGAUGAGGGCUACAAAGAUGGGCUUGGCGCUGGUAAAGAAGACGGUAAGCAAGUGGGUCUGAAAACGGGGUUUGAAGUCGGCGAAGAGUUGGGUUUCUACAAGGGAUGCGUGGAUAUAUGGAACUCGGCUAUCCGUGUUGACCCGACCCAAUUUUCUUCUCGGGUCCAAAAGGGCAUCAAGCAAAUGCAAGAGUUGAUUGAAAAAUACCCAGUUAUGGAACCUGAGAAUGAGGGCGUUCACGAGAUAAUGGACAGUUUGAGGUUGAAGUUCAGGGCGGUGUGUGCUUCAAUGGGUUUUGUGAUAUGGGCAGUUGAGAAGGGAAAGAUAAUGUUAAAGUCGAUGCUUGGUUGCUGUAAGGUGUACAUAUCUGAAAGCAGAAACAGGGCAGCACUAGAGUCCAUUGAAAGAGCUGCCAAGCUAUUCCCAGAAGCUCCCAUUAUCAACAAAUUUGAAGAUGAGACAUACAACAGAGUUGGCUACACACUCGUUUCCAAGUUGGGUCCACAACCAUCUUCGGAUCCAUGUCCCUUGAGGACCUCAGUGCUCGCCAUGGUUAAGGCUGCUUUGGAGUCCAUUGACCUUGAGUUGCACAGUGGCAGCCAUCCCCGGCUUGGUAUUGUGGACCAUAUAUGCUUCCAUCCCUUGCUGUCUACUUCUCUGGACCGGGCAGCUAACGUUGCCAAGUCUUUGGCUGCAGAUGUUGGCUAUGUUCUUCAAGUCCCUAGUUAUUUAUAUGGAGCUGCCCAUGAAGAGGGAAGAACGCUUGAUACAAUCAGAAGAGAAUUGGGUUAUUUCACGCCAAACUCUAGUGGAAACCAGUGGGUUGGGGGAUUAAAACAAGAGUCCUUGGCACUCAAGCCAGAUGAGGGUCCAGCUCAAGUGAUACCAACAAAAGGUGUCCUUGUCAUUGGAGCAACCCGGUGGGUUGACAACUAUAACGUUCCUGUCUUCUCUACCGAUCUCUCAGCGGUUCGCAGGAUCGCAAAGGGUGUGAGUGGAAGAGGAGGAGGCCUUCCUUCAGUCCAGGCCAUGGCACUUGCUCAUGGUGAAACUGUCAUUGAAGUAGCUUGUAAUUUGUUGGACCCAAAUAAAGUGGGAGGAGAUAGAGUUCAGCUUGAAGUUGAGAGACUUGCAAAGCAAGAGGGUAUAAGGGUGGGUAAAGGUUAUUUCACUGAUCUUUCCCAAGAGGAAAUCAUCCAAAGUUACUUGAAGUUGGGUUUUGCGUAAGCUGAUGAUUUAUUUUAAUUUUAUUUUCAUCACACUAAAACAGAGACAUUAUUCCAUGUAUGAACAUCCAUUUAAGACAUUCAGACCAGAUGUUCCUCAGCUUUCUGAGGCUAAA